AGUGAUUUGUUUAACUACUAGGUCACAACCAAUUGUCAUGGACUCUCCGGGCCGGAGUGCUGCUCGUUUCUACAAUUCUAGUGACAAAAUGUACAUUCUCAAAACCUUGACCAGUGAUGAGGUUGAACAAAUGCAUGCCUUGCUCAAAGAAUAUCAUCCAUAUGUAGUGGGUCGUCAUGGCAAAACUCUUUUACCACAGUACCUGGCUAUGUACCGACUGACCGUAGAAAACAUGGAGACCUAUUGUGUGGUUAUGAGAAAUGUGUUUUCAACGUUCCUUCCAAUACAUAAGAAGUAUGACCUUAAAGGCUCUACAGUAGACCGUGAAGCAUCAGUGAGAGAGCUGGAAAAAGAUCUGCCAACGCUCAAAGACAACGAUUUUGUAAAGGACGGAACUAAAAUUUACAUUGGAGAGGAAGCCAAGCAGCAGCUUAUGGAAACAUUGACUGCUGACGUAGAGUUUUUGAUGAGGUUGAAUUUAAUGGAUUAUUCAUUACUGCUGGGCGUUCAUGACGUAGCAAGAGCUGAGCAGGAGGGUGAAAUGCACAAUGAGUCAGAAGAUGAUGUAAUAGAGGAGGAAGAUGAUGAAUGCACUGGUGUCCCAACACCACCUGACUCCCCACUCACAGCUGCUAGAGAGCGUGCUGCAAGUAAUGGUGCUAUCAACCCAGAUGUUGAAAUUUAUGCCAUUGAAAGUAAUGAAAGUGCUCCACAAAGAGAAAUUUACUUCAUGGCCCUUAUAGAUGUUUUAACACAUUAUGGAGUGAAGAAACAAGCUGCUAAAGCUGCAAAGACUGUGAAAUAUUUAUCAAAUGCAGAUGGAAUAUCCACUGUUGAACCUGACCAAUAUGGACGUAGGUUUCUGGAUUUUAUGAAUCAGGCAAUUGUGUAAGGUAAAUGUAUAGGAGGGGUAUAACAGAUCCCUUUGUGUCCAUAAUUAAAGUGUAUAUCAUAGGUCAGUAAGUCAUUUUUUUUUCAAAGCUUAGAGCACUAAUAACUAAAUCUUUGGGUUCUUAAUAACAGAUGAAGGUAGUAGAAAGUGUACUUGAGAAAGGAAAAAUAUAUAGUGUGGAAAAGUGUUUGUGUUUGCUGCUUAGAUGGUAAAGUUGUAAGAGAAGGUUUAGUAUACUUUGAGUUAUAAGUUUCUUGUAGUACCAAUGAUUGGCCGUUGUAUUGCAUAUGUUAUCCAGUACCAUGAAUAGUGGCAUUAGAUUUUGUUCAUUUAGUGCACACAGUGACAUAAGUUUGAUUA